GUGUUUGACAAUCGCUCGUGUUAUCAUUUGCGCAAACACUUGCUUCUCAGAGAAUGCUUUGGGGUCGGAAUUUGAACUUUGCCUAAAACGUAUCUCUACGAAGACACUUUCACGCCACAGGUAGAAUGGUAAGGCAAUAUGGAUAAGUGGACAACGCUAAAUAACCAAACGGCUGGCAAGGAUAAAAUCGCACGGUUUAUCCAAUACCUAUCCCGCGCAAUCUGGGAUGGCCUCGAACAGCGGCAUUUUGACCCCGCAUUGGUCUCCCAAUUGAAGACUCUGGAAUACAUUCUCAGCUCCUUCCGGAAGCUACUACGUUUCGGCAAGUGCAUAGAAGUAUUCUAUUCCUCACUCAGAUCGAUCCACUAUCCCGACUUGACGAUUCGGGUGAGCUUGACGCUGAGCAAACUAUCCCAGUCCCUUUUCCUGUUCGCCGAUCAUAUGCAGUGGCUUUCACGGACAGGACUUUUCCGCAGUAUCGAUACCAAGAAAUGGAACCUCGUUGCGAACAAGUACUGGCUAAUGGCGAUAAUAAUGAACUUGGUUCGUGAUCUGUAUGAGAUAUUCCGGUUGAUUGAUUUGAAAAGAGCUGCCCGGGCGUCAGGUGUAACGCAAAGAUGCCACUCGAUUGAGAUGUCAUCGUGCAGGAGCCUAGGCAAGCUUGCACUCAUAUCUUACUCUCAGUUGCAUCUGCAUAAAAAUAUUGUCGUGGAUACAGUGAAAAAUAUGUGUGAUGUUUUCAUUCCAUUGACCGCAUUAGGAUACACAAAACUGAGCCCACGAACAGUUGGAGUCCUUGGAGCAAUUAGUUCGGUUGCCGGCUUGCUGGCAUUGAUUCAGCCUGAUGCGAAACUAGUCCCAACGUAAACUUAUAAUUAUUCAAGUAGUCUUUUGAAUAUCCUUGCAGCAUUUAUAUUUCUGUGUAAUAAAACAUAUUUUUUAAUAA